UAAACGCUCAACAGUCAUGACUGGUCGCGGUAAAGGUGGUAAAGGUUUGGGCAAAGGUGGAGCCAAGCGUCAUAGGAAAGUACUACGAGACAACAUCCAAGGUAUCACCAAACCCGCUAUCAGGAGAUUGGCUAGGCGUGGAGGUGUCAAACGUAUUUCUGGCCUCAUUUACGAAGAAACUCGUGGAGUGUUGAAGGUGUUCCUGGAAAAUGUAAUCAGGGACGCUGUUACUUAUACUGAACAUGCAAAGAGAAAAACUGUUACCGCCAUGGACGUAGUAUAUGCCCUUAAACGUCAAGGACGUAGAACACCUUCAACACUCCACGAAAACUCGCUAACAUUCAUUAUGGCUCGUACUAAGCAGACUGCCAGAAAGUCGACCGGGGGUAAGGCUCCGCGAAAACAAUUAGCCACCAAAGCUGCACGUAAAAGUGCUCCUGCCACAGGCGGUGUGAAGAAACCUCACCGUUACCGUCCGGGAACCGUUGCCUUACGUGAAAUACGACGUUAUCAGAAGAGUACCGAGUUGCUGAUCCGUAAAUUGCCUUUCCAGAGGUUGGUACGUGAGAUCGCUCAGGAUUUCAAAACUGAUCUCAGAUUUCAAAGUUCCGCCGUAAUGGCACUUCAAGAAGCUAGCGAAGCUUAUUUGGUUGGACUUUUCGAGGAUACAAACUUCGCGACCGUGGUGGUCAUGACUGGUCGCGGUAAAGGUGGUAAAGGUUUGGGCAAAGGUGGAGCCAAGCGUCAUAGGAAAGUACUACGAGACAACAUCCAAGGUAUCACCAAACCCGCUAUCAGGAGAUUGGCUAGGCGUGGAGGUGUCAAACGUAUUUCUGGCCUCAUUUACGAGGAAACUCGUGGAGUGUUGAAGGUGUUCCUGGAAAAUGUAAUCAGGGACGCUGUUACUUAUACUGAACAUGCAAAGAGAAAAACUGUUACCGCCAUGGACGUAGUAUAUGCCCUUAAACGUCAAGGACGUACAUUGUACGGUUUCGGCGGUUGA